UCACCUCGGCCGCCGUGUUGCGAGCCGCAGUGUAAACCGGCCAAGACAAAGUACAUUAUACCAUGCUAUCGAUAUGAAGAUGGACGCAUUGUUUAUCCCCUGCCAUCAACUGCAUUGAAAAGGAAUGGCCUCCAAGAUCAAAAUGUCGGAGAAAGCGGUGGCAUUGCAUACAUCAGAAAAUGUUGGCACGAUGCUUGGUGUGGCGACUAUCCCAGACCAAUUGCCAUCAAACCAAUGAAGAAACUGGCUGUAAAAAAAACUAAGAAACAAUGAUCCUGUUGGUGCACAAACUCCCCGUGACUGCAUUCAAGCGCAACGGCAUGCAGGACCAGGAGCAUGGGAAGGUCCAAGGUGCGACCAACUUUCUUCAGCGCUGUCCACGCGAUGUAGAACUCGAAUGCGAUGUCAGCCCCAAGGUCAAAGUGUGUGAUCCGGCGAAAGUACCGGUCUGCGACGGAAAAACCGCACUUUGCUGUCGUCUUUUGAAAAAACCCAUAAAAGUUUCACUUGAAGAUAUACUAGAUGAUUGACAAUGCUAACCAACCGACGGUGCUGAUGCGGCGCGCCUGCGAAGUGGCAGUCGGCAAGCGCCCGCGCAAGAAGCCCUACGAAGAGAGCCGCUUCAUUCGCGACGCUGACCACCAGGAAUCACGUUACAUUAGGGAAGAUGAACAGACAACACGGCGUCCUAAACCCGCAGUGCAAUCAAAUGGAAAAACGAAGAUUGCGAGGAUUCGCAAUAAAACCGCAAUAAACUAGGGCGGCGAAAUAACAAUAAAACAACUUUAUAGUUAUUUUUGUGUAAUGAAGCGGAUCGGUGUUUCUGCUCGUGUCUGUGUGGUGUGAGGGUGUCAGUGUGUCAAAUGCGAAGACGGCGGUGGGGGGGAGGGGUGGUGACUCGCGCGCACCAUGCAGCUGGCUCUGUCGCUGCUGCUCCUGGCCGCUUGCGUCACUGCUUUUGCGCAGAUCGCGUGGACGCCCAUCUUUCUUGACGCCACCAGCCAAGUGGACCUAUGGACGCAAUCGCCGAAGGGCUGCGCGUGCCCGUCGGGCGCAGACGGAGACUGCGCGUGCUGCGUGCGCGACGGCGCGUGCCCGUGCGGCGAAGUGGCGCCGGCGCGCUGCGCGCAGUGCGGCCUGGAACAGUACUGCGCCAAUAUGUGCAACAUCACAAUCGACUCACGCGUCCUCAAGACCAAAUCCGGCAAAACGUUUGGGCAGAUCAAAUCGCCCUCCAUCCAAGGCCCUGGUGCCUGCUCCUACUUCCUCCAGCCGGACGCUGGCCAGCGAGUGGAGAUUCAGCUCUACAGGCUGGUCUCCGCUGGAAGGUUCAAUGGUACCAGUUGCGACGGAGGCUGGCUGCAGCUGAGCGGCGCGAGCGCGGUGCGCGCCGCGGGCGCCGGCGGCCCAGCCGAGACCCGCCUCUGCGGGGCCAAUGAGCGCUACACCCCGCCCGUCGUGCUGUUCGCUGACCAUGGCGCUUCCACUUUAGAAUUUAGGAUAACGGAGAAGACGGACCGGUCACAGUUCCUCGCGUUCUUCAGCUUCACUUCUCUCAGCAACACGCAAGGCGUGGGCUUCCACCCGAGCGGCGGUUCCAGGAUCCCACUUACAGAUUGCGACUGGCUCUACCAAGAUGUGUCGUGCCGCGGGCCCAGCCCGUGCGUGCUGGCGAGCCCGGGCUACCCGGGUUUGUACCCGCCGCACCGCCGCUGUCGCUACCUCUUCGCCACCAACUCCGUCAACACCAGGGUCAAAAUCAUCUUCACAUCCAUUUUGCUGCCCAGAAAUCACUGCGCCACGGAUUACCUAACGCUUCGAGCUGGCAACUCGCCCUCCGCGCCUUUGCUGGCGACGCUUUGCUCGGAGAGAAGCGCUACUUUGGAGCAACCCGGACCAAACCUAUUACUAGAAUUCAAUUCGGGACCGCUGGUACCGCCGUAUGACUACAACGGGUUCAUCGCUCGGGUGGAGUUCACGGAGGGGGUGGACGGCAGCGCGCCGCCGCCCACUGUAUUUGCCUCGCCGCCGUUGGCUGCGCUCACGCAUCAUACGUCGCACGAAGACAGAUUGUUAGAUUUGGACAGCAAUUCCGUGAUAAACGAGAUCUCGAGCGGCGUGGGCGCCGGCGGGCGCGUCGGGUGCGGGGCGCGCGUGCGCGGCUACGGGCCCGGCGGCGCGCGCUCGGGACACUUCGACACUAGGGCGUCCGCGUGGCGCGCGCAGUGCGCCAUACAUCUACUGGGCACGCCGACUGACGUCGUGCAAGUUACAUUAUUUAAUUAUAAUUUAAGGUUACAAAGUUGUAGAUCUCAUAUUGAGAUCUUUGAAGGACUUCAUGAGUUUCCCUCGAGAGAGAGGGGCGAGCGGUCAGACAAAGCGGACCGGACGCUGCUGAGAGUGUGCGGUCCGGCCGUGAGAGAAGCGAGGGACCCCUCUGGGAGGUUCCUGGUGCGGCAAGCAGUGAUAUCCAAGGGUGCUAACUUGACCAUUUUGGUGCGACGCGCGACUUCGCAGAGCGCUGAUGAUGAAGAAUUCUUUGAUGGCGCUUUUGCGUUUCAUGACGAGCAACACGAGGGUACUGCGUCUCCGGACGCUACGUGCACGGCCACACAUUACGGGCUGGCGGCGCCAGCACACGGCGGCGUUGCUGCACCAACACACCAUCACGUGUUCUGGAACCUCGAAGAGCGGCUGGUGUGCAUGCACCGGUUCAUACCGGCGGCUAACCAAAGCGUCACCAUCGAGAUUCAGCGGUUGGAACGCAUGUGGAGCGCCGAGCCAGCCGGGUCGGGCGCGGCGGGCUGCCGUACGGCGUGCGGUGAUGCCGGGUGCGAGUGCCGGGCUGCGACCCCUCUACACUACCAUGACCACGUCGCGCUCGUGGCAGGCGAUGGCACGCACCUGUCCUGUUUGUGUGGUGACUUUCAGGCGGCGUGGCUGCCGGUGGUGGUGCGCAGCUGGACGAGCCUGCGUCUCGAGUACUCGGUAGCACACUACACGUUUGCAAGCCGAGGCUUCGAUUACGCAGCCGCCUACAGUUUCAACGACGACGCCAUGUGUGGACAGCGCACCUUUACCACGCAUUCUGGUGAAAUAUCAUCGCGAAACGUGCCGGUAACGGGCAGCCUAAACGAGUUCUUUUACCAACAAUGCACUUGGGUAUUGGACUCUAAUGUUGAAAGACAACUCUACAUUGACAUAUCCUCAGAACAGGACAAAUCGUGUGGGUCGUGGAACAUCACACUGCACGAGUGGGCCGGCGCAGGUGCUGGUGACGCGGGGCUGGCGGCAGCGGCCGGAGACCGGCUCUUCACUUUCUGCGCGCGCUACAAGAACCACACCUAUUCGCUGCCCUACAAACAGAACACUGUCGUCAUAAGACUCGUGGCGUUGUCACGGCAGCAGCCGCUGUACACGAUCCGGUGGCGCUCGCAGGUGGUACGCGCCAACACGCGCCUGGGCGCGCCUACGCCCGCGCCGGCCGCUUCCGCCAGUGAAAUCUCCAAUCAUUUACACCGUCUUCUACUCUACGCGGUCCUCUACAUCAACGCUCAAACUUUCCGGCCAGUGACUGUGUGAUUUAAAUUAUUCAGUGAAUCUCGGUGGCUGUUUUGCAUAUUUACUUAUUGAAAUUUAAUUUUUUUGAAGCCGUGCGAACGAUGUGAAUUGAGUACGGCGUGAAGACUGUUUCUUUACUUAGGUGUAUCGUAUAGUCUUCAGUUCCGUAGAUUUGAUAUUGAAUGAAUAUCUGAAGCUAUAACAGAUGUUUGAGAAUUAUACUGGUAAAUAAAAGUUUUUUGUUCAUAAACACAGGGUGAUCGUAUUUCAAAUUACGUGAGUAAAUAGUUUUUGUUUGCUCUUUUUAUUUUUCAGCACUUCUUGUUGCGUUGUUUUAAUUAACUUUGUUUUCGAUCAAAGUUAAUAUUACUUGUUUAGGAGAACACAUUGCAAAUCGCUGUAUUAAAGUAGUUAGGGAAGGACAUUGAACGUUUUAAAUAACCGCUAUAUUUAUUUGUAUUUUGUCAUUGUAAAUACAAACAAUACAACAAGUUCAUUAAUAAAACGUAAGACGAUGAUAAUAAUUUAUAAUUUUAGAAUGUUUAGUGUCCAACACAAUACAUGUUCAAUCGUUAAAUUGUUUGUUUUAAAUAUUAGUCUUUAAUGUAUUAAAUAUGUAUGUACGUCUCGAUGUCAAUUAUGAUAUUAUGUUAGUCAAACGAAACAGCUAACUUAAUUUUGUGUCGGGCUUUGUUAGCUUAGACGCUGCUAAAAUGAUUCAGUUUUAUUGUCUUGCAUAAUACAUUCGACGAAUAUAAUUAAAAUAUGUAGGUAGGUUAUACCUAUUAAAUCAAUAGGAAACCUUACAUUUCUGGAUCAUAACAUAGUUGAAAUAGGUCUGUUUUAGCUUGUUUUGUGUCACGCUUUAUAUAUUAUGUAUAGUUAAAUACACUUGGUUGAAACAAAAUACAACCGGCACGUGUUUAUUGAAGAGUAAAACUCAAUUAUUCUUAAAAACCUAUGUAUUAUGCACAGAAUUAUAUGAAACACGUAGCCAAAACUUGUUAAAGCAUGAACAUUCCUUGUUCAUUGCACAUAAAUUAUUAGACUACACAAAAGUAACCGAGACUGACAGUCGUUUAUACAAAAUUUCAGUCGUAUAGAAACCUAGAAAUUAUAAGUGUGAUCAGCUCAAGAACUGUACUGUACUGACUAGGCAGACGGCGUAAUCAGAUAAAAAAAUAUAGUUAUGCUAUUGAUCAGUGCAUCCUCUUCGCACCUGAUCAGUGAGUGGGAGCUAACGGGACUAAAAUUGAUAUAAAAUCAUAUUUUUUAUCUGAGUGCACCUCUAUGAAGUCCAUUAACACAAGCCCCUCUAGUAGAAAUUCAGUUGAUGUCGGAAGUCUCUGCUUACAAAAUAUUUCUGUUGCUUAAACGCCGCUUAUUUAACUUUAAGAAAUGUUCGCAAUAGUUUAAUGGACUUUAAGCUUUGAUAAGGGCGUUUACGCCAGCGUUUACUUUGGUGCAGAGGCAAUAGUUUUAUUUAUUGCUUGCAAUUGCGCUUAAGUUGAUUUAAAGGUGGACUAUGUAUAGGUACAGUCAGCAUUGAGAUAAAUCAUAGCUGUGAUACUAGAACGCUGGUAGUCGUACCUUGGAAGAUACACUAGCACAGGGCGGACACGCUAUACCUACAUUAAAAAUCACUUGCGUUUCUAUGUGUGAACGGCACGUCUGUACACGCGGCAUGCGUCUUUGUGUGAGUAAGGUGGUUAAAAACAGUACUAAGCGGUCGGCAAAAGGCUGUCUAUCCGCUGUCGUAGGGUGAGGUAAUUCGAAUCGGGGCGGGGCGGUGCGUAGCCGUUCUGUAUGAUAAAACUGUUACUUAUUCUGUGACACUAGCCCGACAAACGGAAAAUAAAAACAACAGACAUAAUCACAAACAAUUUGAUGUUGACUGUACUUAGACAAAUUGUUUUACUAGUCUUAUUAAACAUAAACCUAAUUAAUGGAAGAUCGAACUGACAAGUCAAAUUGGAAUAUUGUUAAAAUUUCCAAACAGCCCAAUUCAUUAAUAUUAAUAGUGAAAAAUAAGUAGAAUUUAGUUUUAAUCUGUGAAUUUUCGAGUAUUUAAUUAAUUGUUUAAUGAAAAUAAUCUAAGGGCAUGGCAAAGCCACCGCCAAGUCAAGCAUAAUAUUAAUUUUACAACAGAUUGAGCCUUAAUUGUCUCUACCCCUUAGUAAUGUUUUUGUAAACUACGGCGUUGUUCAAUGUUGUUAGCAGAGGCCGGCAUUCUCGUGGCAGUUUGAAUUGUCAUUAGGGACUUCUCAUUUAUCGACUUCCGAUAUAGUUAUAUCGAUACUAUGUAGAAUAAUUUAAAUACAACAUAUUUAAAAAAACCGGCUAAGUGCGAGUCGGACUUGCGCACGAAAUGUUCCGUACCAUUACGCAAAAAACGGCAAAAAAUCACGUUUGUUGUAUAGGAGCCCCACUUAAAUAUUUAUUUUAAUUAGUUUUUAGUAUUUGUUUUUAUAUCGGCAACAGAAAUACAUCACAUAAGAUCACAUAAGAUCACAUAAGAUCACAUAAGAUCACAUAAGAUUACAUAAGGUCAAGGUCACCAGGCUGUAUCUUAUGAACCGUGAUGAUGAUGAUGAUGAGUCAGACGGACAGACGGACAGCGGAGUCUUAGUAACAGGGUCUUGUUUUUACCCUUUGGAUACGGAACCCUAAAAAGAUUAAAAGCGGAGGUAAAUAACAAGCGGUCUUAUCGCUAAAGAGCGAUCUCUUCCAGAUAAGUUUUGAGUAGUUGAAAAUGCGAAAUACAGAUGUGAUAUAAAAACAAUGAAACUUAAUAAUUAAUAGUUCCGUCGUUUUUUUCAAUUUCACUUCCAGUCUAUUUUAGUGCUAACACAUAUUCCAUUAGUUUCUUUAUAAAAUAAAUAAGUAGUCAUAUUUUUUUCCAUAUUAUUUUACUUAAAUUACUUCUUUUACAGUCAAAUUUAAUAUCCACUAACUAUUAUAUCUUUUGUAAUAUUUUGUGUUCCACAUUGUAUCGAUAUAUGUGUAUCAGAAGUCGAUACAUGACAACUCCCUAUGACAGCUCAAAAAUGCCAUAAUAAUUCCGGUCUCUGGUUCUAAGUCAUUGUUUAUAAUAGCAAAUUUGCGGCUGAUUCAAUCUAUGUUUAAUUUAGACUACUAGAUGUAAAUAGUUAAUUCGGAUAAUAACUAACGAAGCUCUAAUCUUAUUAGAUGAUUCCGUGGUACCUAUUAAUUAAAACGUUUGUUACACCGAAAUAGAUAAACUAAACGCAUAA